GUUGGUUUGAUUGGCAGCACAUCUGAAGUGUUUGAAUUGGCGCUUCAAUACUGCCAGCUCAUGUACGGCCCUGAUCACAUCAGCUCUGUGUACGGACGCAGAGACACCAGGCUCUCACCAACACUGGCAGCUUUUGUCAAUGGAGUAGCAACACAUUCCAUGGACUUUGAUGAUACGUGGCACCCAGCCACUCAUCCUUCAGGAGCCGUCCUUCCUGCCGUGUUAGCUCUCAGUGACAUGAUGCCAGCUAACAGUAAACCAAGUGGCCUGGACUUCUUACUGGCCUUCAAUGUCGGCAUCGAGAUCCAGGGUCGUCUACUGAGAUUCUCUAAUGAGGCGCACAACAUCCCCAAGAGGUUCCACCCCCCCACGGUGGUGGGUCCUAUGGGAAGUGCAGCAGCUUGUGCUCGCCUCUUGUCCUUGGAUCCGUCUCAGUGCAGUCAUGCCCUGGCUAUAGCUGCUUCUCUAGCUGGAGCUCCGAUGGCGAACGCUGCCACUCAGUCCAAACCCCUUCAUAUUGGCAACGCUUCCCGUUUGGGGCUGGAAGCUGCUCUGCUGGCCUCCCGAGGCCUAGAGGCCAGUCCUCUGGUCUUGGAUGCUGUAGCAGGAGUGGCGGGCUUUAAUGCAUUUUAUGAAGAUUAUGUCCCACAAGCUUUACAACUGACCAGUGAUGAUGGUCAUGUGUUCCUCCUAGAGGAGCAGGACAUGGGUUUUAAGCGCUUCCCUGCCCAUCUGGGGAUGCACUGGGUGGCAGAUGCUGCAGCUUCGGUCCACAAGCUUCUUGUUGGAGUCGACCCAGGAAAGGUCUCCCCUGAUCAGGUCCAGGACAUCCUGCUCAGAGUCCCUCUGUCUAAAUACAUCAACAGGCCUUUUCCAGAGUCGGAGCACGAAGCACGCCACUCCUUCCAGUUUAAUGCCUGUAGCGCUCUCCUGGAC